AAUUUACCUAACGGAGAACGCAUCGAUCAUGAAGUAGGAGGAAGGAUAACAAACGGCGUCAACGGCCCGGAGCGAAUAAAGUUUCAACUGCUCGUAACCUCCGUUUAAAGAAUUACGUUCCAUCGGGAUCGAUUGGAAAACAAAUUUGAUCGAGAGAGAGAGAGAGGAGAAAGGGAAUACGACCCAUUGGAAAAAUCGGAAAAUCUACCGGGAGGACGCUCGCACGCUCGAAUCGUUCGCGGAGAUCUUCAACGAAGGACGAUGAGAUAGACGAAGGUCACGCUAGACAGAAUGACAACACCGAGUGGCGAUAACAUACUCCGUCGUUAGGAGUUCCGUGUUUCAUUCUUGAGACGUCUCGAACUACAAAUAGCUGGCGUCUCAUUAAACGAAGACAGGUAGGUGAGCGACGAGCGGCGAAGAGGGGACGGCUACGCAUCGUUCGUGUUGGUUCGCGGCGAACAGCAACGACGACAAAGGGUGGCGGACGAUGUGGACGGCGGCGCGAUGCAGCAGCAACAACACCGGCGGCAUCAGCAACGGCAUCAACGGCGAGAGCGGCAGCGGCGUCGGGGGUUGCAAUUAGUGUCGGCUCGCAACGGGCGCGCGACUACGUAACGACUGAAGAGGGGUGCGAGCAGGGUCGGCCGUUAGGGGGUCGAGAGUGUGUGCAGUGCGCGUGAAAGGGGGACAAAAUGUGGUGGCGGUGGAGUGUCGUGACGACGACGACGAUGCUGGUCUUGGCAGCCGCCACGGCGUACUCGCCGUCGGUGGAGCUAUCGGAUCUGGAUAAGCCGAUCCCGAUUGUUACUAUUGACGGUGUGGUCGGAAACAAAGCGCAGCUCCCUUGCGACAUUCGUUCCGCCGAUAACGAUGAAGUCAGCAUGGUGCUUUGGUACAAGGAAGGCACGAAUGAGCCGAUUUACAGCUUUGACGUCCGCGGCCGCCGGCAGUUCAACAACGCCCAUCUCUGGUCGUCGCCCAAGGCAUUGGGACCAAGAGCUUUUUUUAUCACGGCGACGAAUCCAGCACACCUCAGCAUCGAUCGGCUGGAGAGCAAAGACGAAGGGAUCUAUCGGUGCCGGGUGGACUUUAGAAACUCGCCGACGCGGAAACAAAAGAUGAACCUAACCGUUAUAGUGCCUCCGUCGAAGCCGAUAAUAUUGGAUGAGAAGAGGAACGCUUGGAGCAUCGAGAAGCCGUACAACGAGGGGAGCGACGUGAACCUGAUUUGCGAGGUUAAAGGUGGCAAGCCGCUCCCGAAGCUGACGUGGUACCUCGACAACAACGUGAUAGACGAGUCCUAUCACUACAACGCCGAGACCGGGGCUACGGUUAACCACUUGGCGUAUCCUAAAAUCGGGCGACAGCAUCACAAGGCGAGGUUGAUCUGUCAGGCGAGCAACACGAAUCUGGUGCAACCGCAAACCAAAGUGCUCAUCCUCGACGUGAAUCUAAAGCCAUUGGUAGUUCAAAUCCUGACGAAGGAAGCGCGAGUCUCGGCCAACAAAAAUUACGACGUGGAAUGUCGUACGAGUGGUUCACGGCCGGAGGCAAUGAUCACAUGGUGGAAGGCAAACAAGCCGAUCAAGAAGAUGGUUCAGAACUAUGCGCGCGAGAACAAUGGGAACAAUCAGAGCCUGAGUAUCCUGAGCUUCGUGCCAACUAUAGAGGACGACGGUAAAUAUUUGACGUGCCGUGUGGAAAAUCCCGCUAUACCUGACAGCGCGUUGGAGGAUAAGUGGCGGCUCGACGUGCAAUACCAGCCGGUGGUCAACUUAAGAAUGGGCGAGACUCUGAAUCCGGACGAUAUCAAGGAGGGCGACGACGUGUACUUCGAGUGCAAAAUGAGGGCGAAUCCGAAGGUGUACAAGCUCGCUUGGUUCAAAGACGGCAAAGAGCUGAAGAACAACGCCACCGCCGGGGUGGUCCUCAGCGAUCAUUCGUUGGUCCUGCAAAGCUUGACCCGCUACUCCGCCGGCCGUUACACCUGUCUCGCGGCGAACAGCGAAGGCAGGACCGAAAGUAACGAAGUGUCUCUUCAGAUAAUGUAUACACCGGUGUGCAAGGAGGGCAGAGGCGAAGUGGUGGUUGGCGCUUUGAAACAGGAAACCGUGUCGUUAGUGUGUUCCGUGGAGAGCCAUCCGGCUCCAUUGACCUACCAUUGGACAUUCAAUAAUUCCGGCGAGCUGGUGGAGGUAUCGCACCCGCGUUAUUCCCACGCAUCGGCGCCCGGCACGCCGUCCGUCGCGGACAGCCUGAAAGAGUACCAACAGUUUCACGGAUACAGACUGAACUAUACGCCAGCUACGGAAAUGGAUUACGGUACGGUGGCAUGCUGGGCGAGCAACCAGGUUGGCAAGCAACGAACACCCUGCCUCUUUCAGGUCAUAGCCGCGGGUCGUCCGUACGCUCUUCACAAUUGCACCGCCACGGAGAUGUCGGCGCCUCUGGACAUGGAGGAGCUCAGCACGAAGCCGGGGACGGGGCUGAUGGUCCGAUGCCUCGAGGGCUACGACGGAGGUCUUCCGAUAUACAGUUAUCAGCUCGAGGUCGUGGCUGACGAGGACGGGGGUCCGAUAUUGCUAAAUAAAACCGUGCCGGCGAGUCCCAACGGGCCGACUUUCGAAGUCGCGGGUCUAACCACGGGCAGGAGCUAUCGACUUUUUCUCUACGCGAUUAAUGCGAAAGGGAGGAGCGAGCCUGCCAUUCUCGAGCCAGUAACCCUAAAAGGUGUCGCUAUGUACACGACCGGCAACACCAACGCAUCGAUGCUGAAUCCGUUGUUGCUGGGCUUGGCAGCCACGGCGACCCUUUUGGUCCUGGCCGUAGCUGUAAUCGUAGUGGCGCUCUGCCGGAAGCACUUCACCGGCCGACCCGGGAGUCCAAAGCACGCUCCCAUCGUGUGCGAGCCGCCUAAUGCAGGUGCAACCACCCCGGUGCACCCUCAGACCAAGCAGACGGUCGAUGACAUCGAUCCGGACAUCAUACCCAACGAGUACGAAAGAAGACCCCUAACGUACACUCCUGUCUACAAGACACCGCCACAACGGCGGAAGAAAGAUCGCGCCACCGACGAGGACACCUCGCCGGAGAAGAGGCCAAUCGUUCAGCACGGUCUGGACUUGCCCCCGGAUCCGAUGCUGACUGACUGCUUGCCAACGCCUACCAUUAAUUACUCGCAGAAUCACGUGUCUCAGCAGAGCACUUACAAUCAUCCGCCCACGAUGGCAGAUUUCAAGCAGAUGGCGAUGGACGCGUACAAUCAGCGCAACAACCAAAACAUAUAUUAUAGCCUUCAAAGGACGAGCAAAGGGCUCUCGUCGAUGCCGCAGAGGCCCGUUUCGUCAUCAGUCUCCGCGCAAGGCAAAUUCCAUCAGCCGGAAGUGGUCACACGCUCGAAUCGGAUACAAGAGAGUUGUAUAUAAGUUCGGAGGGAUUCCCCGCGGGAUCAACCCCGUAAGCUUCUGAGACGCCAUAGUCGACGACGAUUAUAUUUACACGCGUAAAUGUAACGAGCGUGCGAACAGUGAGAGGAGCGUUGCAGAGAGAGACCCGUGGAUUCCCAAGACGCGAUCGCGAGGUUUAACGCAGCAUCUUCCCAAUAUGAGAGAAGGAGAGAGAGAGAGAGAGAAUGCGUGUGUGUUUGUUUGAAAGAAAGAGAGACAUACUUAACGUUUACUGUACAAAACCGUAGAGGCUGGUUGGGGUGUUCGUAUUGACGGGAACGCGGUCCCUCCUCGAUAUUACGUUACGCCGAUAUCGUCGCCACUAGGGGUGGCCACGUUUUCGCACAUAAUUUUGCAGGAGAGACGAGAUAAACGACGUUAGCGCGAGUCUUAGAGAAGAAGCCCCGUACACGUCCGGAAAUAUUUCUUUACUGACAUUACUGAGAUAUAAGCGGUAUAUCGUACGUACAAAGAGUCUAACCCCUAAGUAGUUAAUGUCAAUAACGAGAGAGAUGAGGCUGGGUCGAAGCGCGCGAGCUAAGGGAUGUCUCAACGACGCUUUAUACUUUAUCCAUAUUCCCGGUUUCGCGAGAGUCGCGCGCAAGAUGUCUUUUUAUAUGGACCUCACGUGAAAAUUCUUUUGGAACUUUUACAAUCUACAAACUACUUUCGAGUCGGCCUCGCAGUCUCUUGCGAGGAAAUACGGUUAGAAGAGGAGAGAAGGGGGAGAGGAAUGUGUGUGUGUGUGUGCAUGUGUUCGCGAACAGUAGCUUGUCCAGCCUUAUCCUCGAAAUACUAACGAUAUUAAUGUGAUCGUAUUCGAAGCUCAUCACUGCUCAUGUUUUUCGUACGCAAAAUUUUUUAUAACGACCCGAGGGAAAAAAAGCGUAUUCGUUCGAGAGACUUUUCGCCGAAACCCGAGAAAAUCCUCUCUUUAAGGAGCGACGUCUUCGUUCCCGAUCAUCGACGCGGUACACGGACGUGGGUUUUACUGUUUAUAUGAAACUAGUUUUUGUACAAAGAUCUAUUGUAAAUAGACACGAGCCUGGUCCUAGAGUUAUAGUCACUAAUGUCCGAAUUUCAAUCCGUUACACGUUAAGUCGAGAUAUGUCCGAUCGCGUAAGAUAAAACUCGAUGGCAUACGAAUACGAAUA